AUGUUGACAAAUCUCUACAACAAAGCAUUUCACGGACAUUAUUUAGACGCCCAAGCAACAUCGAUUCUUGACCCACGUGUUCUUGAUGCAAUGUUGCCAUUUGAAACACACAAACAUGGAAAUCCACAUUCAACUCAACAUGGAUUUGGCAAAGAAGCUCACGGUGCAGUCGAAAAGGCAAGAAAAGAUAUUGCACGUGCAAUUAAUGCAGAGCCAAAUGAAAUCAUCUUUACUGGUGGUGCAACAGAAUGCGGAAAUAUCUCAAUUAAAGGAUCUAUGAGAUAUUUGAAGCAGAAAGGCAAAAAGCAUUUGAUCGUUUCAAAUGUUGAGCACAAAUGCAUUCUCGAAAGCGCUUUAGAUUUAGAACCAGAAGGUUUCGAAGCUACAAUACUUCCUGUAAAGAAGGAUGGAACUGUUGAUCCUGCAGAUGUUGAGAAAGCAAUUCGUCCUGAUACAGGAUUGGUCUCUUGCAUGGCAGUAAAUAACGAAAUCGGAACAAUUAAUCCACUUGCUGAUAUUGCUCAGAUGUGCAAAGCUCAUGAUGUUUUAUUCCACACUGAUGCAGCUCAAGCAUUCGGAAAAAUCCCAAUUGAUGUCAAGAAAAUGGGUAUUAACUUGUUAUCUCUUACUGGCCACAAGAUUCACGGUCCAAAGGGCAUUGGAGCUCUUUUCAUCGGCUCUAAGCCACGUGUUCGUGUAGAACCAAUCGUUAGUGGUGGUGGCCAAGAGAGAAAUAUCAGAUCUGGAACUUUGGCUGUUCCAUUAAUCGUUGGUCUUGGAAAAGCAGCUGAAAUUGCUUACAGAGAAAUGAAAUAUGAUUCUCCUUAUGUUGAAUCUCUUGGAAAAUAUCUCAUUUCGGAAAUUCAGAGGAAACUUCCAAAGGCAACAUUCAACGGAAGCUUAGAGCAUCGUUGGUUCGGUUGCGUUAAUGUUUCUUUGAAUACAAUCGAAAGUGCAAAAUUAAUGACAAAAAUACCAGAAUUUGCCUUCUCAUCUGGCUCUGCCUGCAUUCAUAAUGAUGACGAGCCUUCAUAUGUCCUUAAAGCUAUUGGUCUUUCCAAACAAGCUGCGAAAACUACAGUUCGCAUCGGACUUUCCAAGUUUACAACGAAGGAAGAUGUUGAUCUCUUCCUUAAGAAGUUAGAAGAACUCCAAUAA